AUGUCGGGUCGACGGAUGUGGAGUCUCGGGUCCAAGCGCCCGAGCACAGACGGAGGCCGAGGGGUGCGCUACACGACCUGCCGCCCCUCGCACGACGACGAGCUGGAGGACAUCGCCAUUGUGUCGAACCCCGACCCGGGCCAGGUCAAGUACGGGUCAGGAUCCAUCACCGCCAACGGGCCCCGAGUCGUACCAGGGAUCAUCACAUCUCGCCACCUGACCGAGCGCCUGAGCAUCUCUGGGACGCGCAUUAACAGCGGCUCCCCCGUCUACAUAGAGAAGACCGUUCCCGACGCCCUCAAAGGCAAGUCUGUUUCCCGCCAGUCCCUGCUCGACAUCGUCUCCUCCAAGAUCAGCAUAGGAAGUCGGAAGAGGUUUUCAAGAGACUCGUUUUCGGCGUCCUACGUGAACAGAACCCAUGUGGCCUCCGAGCUGGACAUCAGCAGAAAGACGCGGGAGGCGCGCAAGAAGGAGAUCAGGAGCAAGCUGCGGCUGGAGACGUGGGAGCCCAGCUCGAACAGCUCGGACAAGAAAAUGGGAUGUAGAUGGACUUUCGUUUUCGAUCCUGCGGGGAGACUCUGUUAUUAUUGGUCCGUCGUUGUGUCUCUAGCGUUUUUAUACAAUCUCUGGGUGAUGGUUUAUCGAUUCGCCUUCCAGGAGAUAACCAAAGAUACUAUCCUCGUGUGGUUUUGUUUGGAUUAUUUUGCUGAUCUUAUAUAUGUUUUGGAUAUAGUAUUCCAUUUCCGCACGGGUUACCUAGAAGAUGGUGUCUUACAAACUGACUCACGAAAACUUCGUCAGCACUACAUGAACUCUACGACAUUUUACAUUGAUUGUUUAUGUUUGUUACCGUUAGAUUUCUUAUACCUCUCAAUAGACUUUAAAUCAAUAUUAAGAUGUUUCCGUCUUGUGAAAAUAUACAAAUACUGGCACUUUUUAGACCGAACAGAGAGACACACCAAUUCACCUAACCUAUUCCGUUCAAUAAGUCUGAUCCACUACCUGCUGGUCAUUUUCCACUGGAAUGCUUGUAUUUUCUACAUGAUUGGCAAAAACGAUGGAUUCAGCUUCAAGCCAAGAUUCAUCUACUCCAACUCCAGUGAUGACAUUUUGGAGUACCUGAAAGCUUUCUAUUGGUGCACACUUAGUUUAACUACAAUCGGCAGUGUCCCUCUGCAUGAUUCUUUCACCAACGGCACUUAUAGUUCCCUGGACAUGCGAACCAAGACGGAUUACCUCUACCACAUAAUCCAGCUCAUGUUCGGCCUCCUGCUCUUCGCCACAGUGCUCGGCCACAUCGCCAACAUCGUCACCAACGUCUCGGCGGCUAGGAAGGAAUUUCAGGCCAAACUUGACGGUGUGAAGACGUACAUGCGCAUGCGGAGAGUCCCUGCACACCUUCAGGGAAAAGUCAUCAAGUGGUUCGAUUACCUCUGGCUCACGCAGAAGUGCUCAGAUGAGGAACGAGCCGUCAGCUGUCUACCCGAUAAAUUAAAAGCUGAGAUGGCCAUCCACGUGCACCUGGACACCCUCAAGCGCGUGGAAAUUUUUCAGAACACCGAAGCUGGAUUCCUCUGCGAGCUCGUCCUCCACCUUCGUCCUGUGCUUUUCUCUCCCGGCGACUACAUCUGCAGAAAAGGAGAGGUCGGGAAGGAGAUGUACAUAGUGAACCGCGGUCUGCUGCACGUCGUGGCGGACAACGGCAAGACGAUGCUGGCCACGCUCAAGGCAGGGUCGUACUUUGGUGAGAUAUCCAUCCUCAACAUGGGAACGGCAGGUAAUCGGCGGACAGCCUCAGUGAGGUCAGUGGGCUACAGCGACUUGUUUGUGCUUUCGAAGAAGGACAUGUGGGACGUCUUGAAGGAGUACCCGGCAGCUCGCGUCCGCCUGGAAGCCAUAGCAGCUAAGAGACUGGAAAAGUACAAAAAGGCUCCGCUGGAGAAAGCCGCCAUGGGUAGGAGUAGCUCCACCCCAGGCCUGGUCGAGUCCUCAGGCAGAGUCCCACUGGAGGAGAUGUGGCUUCCUCCUGUCAUCCGCCCCCCGCCGUAUCCCAUCCCAGGAUAUAGCCCCAGUAACAGCCCGGGUGCCAGGUCGAGAGCACAGCGAUCCCAGACGAUGGACUCCGAGCGGCAGACGAUGGAGUCCGCCCUCAGUGACUCUUCCUCCCGACACUCGCACUCCACCGACGACGACAAGACGGGACACCACCUCUCCCAUCACCACCUUCAGCACCCUCACCAUUAUCACUGUCCGCCCACACAAUCAGCGCGUUCGGCGGUAUGUGCAGGAACAACGAUGAGCGUGACAUCGUACGACAGCGUCGACAAGCGGUCGACGAUCACCUCCCCGAGCAACGUGAUCUCGCCUCUGACCUCGCCCAACUACGCCACCGCCAACAUGACCUACACCCUGCCCGUUCCGCAGGCCAUCUGCGAGCCCUCCAUCUCUCCCGCGUCGGACCACAUCGUCUCUGCUGCGUCACUCACUGCGCCAGUACAACUCCAGGGGUCCCACAGUGCAGGCGCUCUGCCCCGCGACUCGCCCCAGGAGCUUCUCCUCGGCGAAAUCCGUCGGCUUCGCGAACGGCUCGUGACGCUCGAGAGUGAGAACGCCACCAUGAGCAUGAAGCUGAGCCAGCAGCAGUGGGAAGUGGAGCACCGGCUGCACGAAAUAGAGAUGCAGCUCUGCGGAAAUUCUAGCAAUGCUUCUAGUAAUGAAGACAACGAGAGGAAUAGAGAGAGUAUUAUAUAA